UUGACUCAUUUUGCAAAACCCUAAAACGGAAAGGAAACAGAGAAGAAGCGGCGGUACCAGGAAGCAGAGACAAUGGCGAAGUCGAUGAGAUGCAAGAGAGAGAAGAGGCUUCGAGCUAUUCGGAGAGAGAUGGUAGAGCCCUACUACGAGAAGAAAGACGAGGCCAAGCUCGCUGCCCAAGAGGCUGCCCUCGCCGCCCCUAAGCUGCCCGUAAAGCCCUCUUCUAAGGCCUCCUCUUCUAUGGAGAUCGCCCCCGUCAACACCUCAACGCCUUCUGAAAACGCCAUGGAUGUGGAGAUGGCUGAUGGCAGUCAGACAAAGAGUUCAUUAAAGCCUUUUGGUGGGGUGGGUAAGAAAUCCCAACGGGUGUUCAAGGUGGGCAAGAGAAGGCGUCAUGGCAAGGGCAAGGGCGGAAAGGUUAAGAGGCGUCAUAUUUGAGAGACUGAUGUGUCUUGCAUCUUAGAGAGAUUUAAGUGUAUUUUUGAGAAAUUGCUGUUGUGGCGUACACUUGAUAUAUGUAGUCUAUGAGGUAGCUCCCUUCCAAGGUUCCAAAGUAUAAUUUUAUUAUCAUCAUUUUGUACUAAUGCUAAUGUGCAAGACCAGUAUGUUCUAAUUGUUUCUCAUUGUAUGGUAAAUCAAGCAACUUGUGUUA